AUGCCUCAUCAAGAUAUUGACCGUCCGCUGGUCAAGCGCCAGAAGACGACGGCGCCCGCCAAUGCCUCGAAAUCUCCAUCCAACUCUUCGAGGAUCUUUGCGCCUUUCCGAACUGUCGGCUUAGUGUCGCCUACGAGUGUUCCUUUCACAUCGAUCCCCCUCGGGAAGACUACCUUCCAGAUCUCUACCUCGGUUGGUCGAUCCAUCCAGACCUACGAUCUUCGCCGCGGCCUCAACCUCGUCUUUGUUACCCGGCCUCAAACCCCCGCUGAUAUUACUGCGACACUUGCCUGGGGCAAAAACAUUUUCGCAGCAUGGGGUGGAUCAAAGAAGGGCGAGCCCCAAGGCAUUUGGGUGUUCCAGAGGGGCAAGAAGGUUGACGAACUUGCGCUGCCCUCCGACUUGGACGAACCGAUCCAACAGAUUUUGAUUAUGGGAACAUGGACUAUCGCUGUUGCUUCAACGAGAAUCGAGGUGUUCAAGACGGCAUCUCUCGAGCACUACACCACCAUCUACACAACACCUGCGAACCAACGCGGCAAUGAAAUUACCGGCGGCAUCGUCACCAUGCCCACCUUCUUGAACAAGAUUUUCGUGGGUCGCAAGGAUGGCUGGGUCGAAAUUUGGAAUAUCAGCACGGGAAAGCUCAUCUACACCAUUCUGCCUCCGUCUCCCGACAGCGGUUCUGUUACAUGCCUGGAGCCCAGCCCGGCUCUGUCACUGCUCGCCAUCGCCUAUUCUGAGGGAACUCUGAUCAUCACCAAUGUUCUCACCGACAAGCGUGUCAUCCGCAUUGAAGCUGGUAGCUCAGAAGCGCCGGUAAACUCGAUUUCCUUCCGAACCGAUGGUAUGGGUGCUGGUAACGAUGGGCGCAAGGACGGAGUUAUGGCGACGGCAACUGCUGCGACUGGAGAUGUGACAUUCUGGGAUCUCAACGGAGGUGGUCGCGUGAUGGGCGUUUUGCGCAGUGCCCAUAACCCGCCUUCUUAUGAGGGCCCGACUGUCCGUGGCGGCAUCAGCAAGAUCGAGUUCCUCCCUGGCCAGCCAGUGGUGUUGACGAGUGGCCGAGACAACUCCCUCAAGUCUUGGAUCUUUGACGAAACACCCUUCUCCCCUGUGCCCCGGAUUCUUCACUCCCGUAGUGGACAUGCUGGCCCGGUCAACUGUCUCCAGUUCCUGCCAUCUGAUUUUGAUGGUGCUGAUGCCGGCAACAAGUGGCUGAUCAGUGGUGGCCAGGAUCGAAGUCUUUGGGGAUGGAGUUUGCGUCGGGAUGGUCAGAGUUCAGAGUUGAGCCAGGGCAACAUCCGCAAGAAAGCCAAGAAGGUGGGCAUCUUGUCAACCAACGCCCUUGCCCAUGGACCCACGACGACGUUGGAGGAUCUCAAGGCACCAGAGAUUACUUGCAUUGCGUCGUCCUUAAACCGAGACGGCGGUAUUGGCGCCAUGCCUGGAAAGCAGGCCAUCUGGCAAAAGUCUCAGAACAAGAAGAAGGCCCAGGAUGCGGAGCUUAGUGGUAUGACGGGCUGGGAGAGCGUGGUGACAGCUCACAAGAACGACCCCUAUGCUCGAACCUGGUUCUGGGGACGAAAGAGGGCAGGCAGGUGGGCUUUCGCUACAGGGGAUGGCUCUAACGUCUCGACCGUUGCCAUCAGCCCUUGCGGCACCUUUGCUCUCGUUGGUUCCGAGUCUGGCGGCAUCGAUAUGUUCAACCUUCAGUCGGGAACGCACCGCCAGAGGUUCCCCUCAAGAUUAACCCCAGCCCAGGCAAGGCAGCUCAAGAUGCAGCAACUACGACAAGCCGACGAUGUCGUUCAACUGCACACUGAAACCGGCCGUCAGUUCGCAGCGGGCACUGGAAAGCACACCAAGCCUAUCACAGGCCUGAUUGUUGAUGACAUGAACAAGACGGUGAUUUCUUGCUCUCUGGACGGCAAGAUCAAGUUUUGGGACUUCUUGACAGGCAACCUGCUGCACCAGAUCGACUGGGCGCCGAUGACUUUCCCUACGGGAUGCAGAUAUCAUCCCUCGAGCAACCUGCUUGCUUUCUCCUGCGACGACCUGUCAAUCCGAGUAGUGGACAUAGACACCAAGAGGACCAUUCGAGAGUUCUGGGGACCUCAAGACGCCAUCACCGACUUCUGUUUCUCAAGCGAUGGGCGAUGGAUUAUCGCAUCCUCGAAGGAUUGCAUCAUCCGGGUAUGGGAUCUCCCUACAAGCCACCUGAUCGACGCGAUCCGGCUCGAGAAGCCCUGCAGGGCACUUGCCAUGUCAGUUACUGGCGAGUAUCUGGCUGCCACGAUUCAGGAUGAGCUCGGCGUUACGCUCUGGACCAACAAGGCGCUGUUUAAGCACGUUCCCACACGGCAGAUCUCUGAAAAGGAGAUUGGCCAGGUUUCUCUACCUACGGUCUCUGGCGAGAACAACGAGGGUAUGCUGGAGGGCGCAUUCGAGGAGGACCAGGACGAGGAAGACGACACCGUUGUGGCACCUACAAUCGAGCAGCUCAGCUCCGAGCUGACAACUCUGAGCUUGGUGCCCAAGAGCCGCUGGCAGACGUUACUGCACUUGGAUCUCAUCAAGGAGCGCAACAGGCCCAAGGAGGCCCCCAAGGCUCCUGAGAAGGCUCCCUUCUUUUUGCCCUCGACGACAGGCAAAGAAAACAUCCUAGCGCCAAAGCAGCAGACAGAGGCGGAGGACGAUGGCAAGUCACGAAUCACAAAGGUUGAGAAGGCUCGGUUCGAAGAGGUGCUAAGCUCCAAGCUUCAGGCUGGGGCAGUGACCGGCACUUACGAUGAGUUCAUUGAACACCUCAAGUCUCUCUCCCCCUCGAGCGCAGAUCUCGAGCUGCGCUCGCUCUCCAUCGGUGACGGCAGUGAGGGCUCGAACGAGCUGUUGCAUUUCAUCCGUGCUCUGACGGCUCGUCUCAAGGCCCGCCGUGACUAUGAGCUGACUCAAGCGUGGAUGACAGUGUUCCUGCGGCUGCACUUUGACGUGGUCAUGGAGAGCGAGGACCUGCUGGCGGCACUGAGUGAGUGGAAGGAGUAUCAAGAGAACGAGUGCAGCCGAUUGGACGGUCUGGUUGGUUACUGCAGUGGUGUGGUUACCUUCUUGAGAAAUCCCCGGACAUAA